AUGGCAUCUCAAAACAUCGCUUCUCUGGUACGAGAAUUAACUGAAAUUGGCAUUCCAUUCAAAACGCCAGCGGACCCCGAUUGGGCUGCAUAUUCGUCAACAUACAACCUUCGCCUUCCAGUCACCCCUGCCGCUGUUGUUGUUCCAACCACAGUCCUACAGGUCAGCUCCGCGGUCAAAUGUGCCGGUAAACAUGGAUUUAAAGUGCAAGCUCGAUCGGGCGGACACUCGUAUGCCUCCUACAGCAAUGGAGGAGUGGAUGGCGCUGUAGUGAUUGACCUCAGGGACAAUAAUUUCCGAACUAUCUCAGCCACGGAAGAUCCCAACUGUGUUAUAGUUGGUGGCGGCACGCAACUGGGCAAGUUGGCUCAUUACAUUGACAGAUAUACGGGCUGGAGACGAGCCCUUCCUCACGGUACUUGCCUCGGUGUUGGCGUUGGUGGGCAUUUCACACACGGAGGGUAUGGAUUAUUUUCUCGUGCCUGGGGCCUUGCUAUGGACCGUGUCGCAAAGAUAGAGGUAGUAUGUGGAAAUGGCGCCCUGGUCCUUGUUGACAAAGACCACUAUCCAGAUCUAUUCUAUGCGAUGCGAGGUGCCGCUGAUUCAUUUGGCAUCGCGGUAGCAUUUCACCUAUACACAGUACCCGCGCCCAAAUCCGUUAUACUCUGGAACUUUACGGUUAGUGAUGCAACAAAGAGCGUCGCAAGUGCUGUCAUGGCCAUUCAACACAUCCAGGCCUUCGUUCACAAUAGCUCUGCCGUCAAUCGGAAAUUAGGACUCUGUGUAACUCUGGCAUCAAACCAUCUCUCACUACAGGGAACAUACUUAGGACAUCGCGAGGACUUUAUGAAAACGAUCAUGCCAGGAUUGCUUGAGGGCAGUCCCGAGUUCUCAAGUAUCCUUGUUCAACAGGUGGAUUGGGCGACAGCUCUCAAGCAGCUAAAUCAUGGUCACGACGUAAAUGCCCCAACAGACCACCCGGUCCACUCCAAUUUCUUUGCCAAGAGUGUUACUAUCCCCGAGCCGGGAUUCACCGUCGAGCAGCUGACAGACUUCUUCAAAUAUCUCUUCAACGAAGGCUCGCGCGCGCCUGUCUCGUAUUUUAUCUUGCUCGGUCUAUACGGAGGUACUGACAGCCAGAUCAGCAUCAGGGACCACAAUUUCUCCGCGUUCGCGCACCGCGACGCUCUAUGGGUCGCCCAGCUGUAUGGGUACGUUGACAACGACAAAGUAUUCCCACAGGAAGGUUUGGGCUUCAUCAACGGGCUGGCAAACGCUAUGACAGCGCGCCUUCCGCAUUACGGCGCAUACUCCGGCUACACCGACCCGAGUCUUUCGAGAGGGGAGGCGAACGAUCUGUACUACGGGCGAGAGAUACACCAGACACUGAAGAAGUUGAAAAUGAGGCUGGAUCCAGAUAACGUCUUUGCGAAUCCCCAGUCAAUUGAUGGACACGCGUGA